CCGCCAGCAGCAAUCGCUUUACGGCAGGAGAGAGGACCUUCCACAUGGCUUCCGCCUGAGUCGAGUCGUCGGUGUUUUCGCUAAACUUUCGCCCUAGCCCAGCGCUCAGCAACAGACAUCCUGUUUACACGAACCCGUAGAAACGGGCCGAAAUGGGUAAAAGCAAAACCACUAAAUUUAAACGUCCGCAGUUCAACUCGGUCGGUUUGCCGGUGAACGCAGUUAAAGAGGAGGACCCGGCCGAGGAAGACCACGAUGAAGACGACUGUCCAGCUGCAGAGCUGCUGGAGAAAUUGCAGAGUCCCAGUGCAGAUGUGCGAGAGUUCGCCUGUGCCAGCAUUUCCAGGGUGGUGCAGCAGAGCCAGACCAUUCCCGGUUUUCUCCAGAGGGGGGCUGUGAAGCGUCUUGGUCCCUUGCUGCUGGAUGGCAGCUUGGCUGUUAGAGAGACGGCCGCCGGGGCGCUCAGGAAUCUGAGUGCGUGUGGAGGUCAGGAGGUGUGCGAGGACAUGGUGAAGCACGACGUGAUGACUCCUCUGACAGCACUGCUUAGAGAGUGUUGUGCUGGUUUCGACAACGCCGUUGUGACGAUGACCGACCAGAACAAUCCUGUGGAGAAUGUGGCCCACGAAGCGGUGAACCUCCUCUGGAAUCUGUGUGAGAGCAGCAGCCAGGCGCUGUCUUUGUUCAACAAGUCGGGUCUUUUUGACGUGGUUGUCCAGUGUCUGGAGAGACAUCCUCACAACGUGGAGCUGGCCAUCUCAGCUGCUCACUGUCUGCACACGGUGACGGAGGACAACCCGGAGCUGCUGCGGAGCGCCAACGCCGCCGUGCUCGGCGCCCUGGAGAACGUGCUGCUGUCGACUCAGCCGGACAUGGCGCGCGCUCUCCUUAGGGCGUUGGCCGCAGGGACUCUGUGGAACAUGAAGAACAGCAUCCCUGCGGCCCGUCAGUCCCAGACCCUCGACGCCGUGGUGGCCACCCUGUCUCGGUGUCUGGACCUGGAUGCCGGCGUGCUGAUCCCAGAACUCCGACGGGCAGAGGAGGCCAAUCGGAGAGAUGCUGUUCCAGAUGUGAAGGAACAGGUGGCAGGAGAUCUCGCUGAGGAGGAGAUGGAUGAAGAGGAGAAUGAAGGGCCGAAAAAGGCUGGGAAUGGGAAAACUGUGAAGAUCGACACUGACUUCUCUGACCUGCUUCCUAGGGGUAAGGAGGAGCUGAGGGAGGCAACGGCCUUGCUGACGGCCCAGCAAACGUCCUUAGAGAUCAUUGUCAACAUGUGCUGCUCUGACGACCCUUCUGACGACGAGUGGGAGGAGGAGUCGAGCAGCGACGAGAGCGACACGGGGCCCGACGCCCUCUGUGACGGACUGUCUAGUCUGAUGUCUCCGCUCUGCCUGUCAGCUGAGGUUCAAGGAGCUUUGAUCAAGCACAGCAUACCAGAAAAGGUUCUCAAAAAGACAAAUUUCCCCAGACAGGAAGCACUGAGUGUUUGUCACCCGGAUCCCUGCUGGAGAGGCCUGACAAAGAGGAUGCAGCGCGUUCAGUCGCGGGCGCUGACCUGCCUCCACAGCAUCCUCUCCACCAUGGAUGCAGAAUCUCUGGGCGGAGCGACGGCCCUGCAGGAAGCAGCGCAGCACCUGUCCUCGCUGGUCUUCGGCGCCGAAGACAUUCCCAAAGAUGUGGAGUUUCUGGAGGCUGUGAUCAGCGCCAUGAGGUCGCUGUUACAGAUGAUUGCCUCCAAAAACAUCCCUCAGUGUAUGACCCCGCAGCAGCUGAUGAGGCUGAGCGAAGCCGCCACCCGCUGUGAAGUCAUCAGCGUCAGGGUCAACGCCGUCUCCAUUCUGGGCAUCACUGGCAGCACUUUAGCCAAGGAGAAGAACACGGCGGACUUCCUUCAGAUGAUCGGAAACGCUUUACUUCAAGUCGCCACCAAGGAUGCAGACCUGGUAGUGAACGGAGAAGCCCUCGACGCGUUGUUUGACGUGUUUGCGGAUGGAGAGGAGGCGGAGCUAGCUGCUAGAAACAUCGGUUUACUUCCUGCUCUUAAGGCUCUUCAGCCCGUCUUCAAGGCCAAGAUCCGUAAAGAAGGACGAGGUAAAUGCGGCCCGCAGCAGCUGUGUGUGCUGGACAACAUCAAAACCAACCUGAGGAGAUUCAUCAGUUACCUGGAGAAGGUGGUGAAGAAAUGAGGACGGCCAUCGCUCAAUUAUUUGUUUUUUUACUUUAAAUUAUGAUUUACAGUUGAAGUAAAAAAAAGGCUGGAUUUGGGUUUUUUCUAGGUAAAAAUAUUUGUAAAUAUUUUAAAUAAAACUAAAGAGUUUUAAGAAAUCAGGUGAGCAGAUUGUAGCUCCUCCCCCUUCACAGGUAAAAACCCCGCUCACUGAAUACAGACGGGUUUUGUUGUUGGGCUUUAAAAUGAUUCACUGACUGAAAACAAGUUAUUUGUCUUAAAAGAGGCGAACAUGCUGGCUGUUGUGUGCCAAUAAUAAUAAAAAUAUUUAAGAAUUUCA